CAAGGCUCUGGACAGAUGAUCACAGUGCACGCAACCCUGAACAUAAAAGGCUCUGGACAGAUGAUCACAGUGCACGCAACCCUGAACAUACAAGGCUCCGGACAGAUGAUCACAGUGCACGCAACCCUGAACAUAAAAGGCUCUGGACAGAUGAUCACAGUGCACGCAACCCUGAACAUACAAGGCUCCGGACAGAUGAUCACAGUGCACGCAACCCUGAACAUAAAAGGCUCUGGACAGAUGACCACAGUGCACGCAACCCUGAACAUAAAAGGCUCUGGACAGAUGAUCACAGUGCACGCAACCCUGAACAUAAAAGGCUCUGGACAGAUGAUCACAGUGCACGCAACCCUGAACAUAAAAGGCUCUGGACAGAUGAUCACAGUGCACGCAACCCUGAACAUAAAAGGCUCUGGACAGAUGAUCACAGUGCACGCAACCCUGAACAUAAAAGGCUCUGGGCAGAUGACCACAGUGCACGCAACCCUGAACAUAAAAGGCUCUGGACAGAUGACCACAGUGCACGCAACCCUGAACAUAAAAGGCUCUGGACAGAUGAUCACAGUGCACGCAACCCUGAACAUAAAAGGCUCUGGGCAGAUGACCACAGUGCACGCAACCCUGAACAUACAAGGCUCUGGACAGAUGAUCACAGUGCACGCAACCCUGAACAUAAAAGGCUCUGGACAGAUGAUCACAGUGCACGCAACCCUGAACAUAAAAGGCUCUGGACAGAUGACCACAGUGCACGCAACCCUGAACAUAAAAGGCUCUGGACAGAUGAUCACAGUGCACGCAACCCUGAACAUAAAAGGCUCUGGACAGAUGAUCACAGUGCACGCAACCCUGAACAUAAAAGGCUCUGGACAGAUGAUCACAGUGCACGCAACCCUGAACAUAAAAGGCUCUGGACAGAUGAUCACAGUGCACGCAACCCUGAACAUAAAAGGCUCUGGGCAGAUGACCACAGUGCACGCAACCCUGAACAUAAAAGGCUCUGGACAGAUGACCACAGUGCACGCAACCCUGAACAUAAAAGGCUCUGGGCAGAUGACCACAGUGCACGCAACCCUGAACAUAAAAGGCUCUGGACAGAUGACCACAGUGCACGCAACCCUGAACAUAAAAGGCUCUGGACAGAUGAUCACAGUGCACGCAACCCUGAACAUAAAAGACUCUGGAGAGUCUCUUAGAGAGAAAAGUAUUUAUUUCCAUGUUUUAUUUAGUAUAAUUUAAUUGUUGGUGUGUCUGAUUUGAUUGGUUGUUUAUUUAUUUGUUAGAGAACAAACAGCUUUGCUGCAAACGUUCCAGUCGUUCAGUAGAAUAAGUCGUUCUCCAGCUUCUUGUGUGAAGAACAAACAGUUCAAAUAUUUAUUGUGUAGUCAAAGUUGAUGUGAAGACUUUUCGUCAAACAUCAGGAAACAGGAAGUCCUGAUUUACGGCUUCCUGUGUAACUGUAGGCGUGACCCGUUGUGAUGUCACUGAAUGCUUGCUUUCUAUUGGCUGGUUUCACGGUCAAAGUGGCUUAUUGGUCACUUGUUUUAUUUACAUUAAAUAACAAGUUAUGGAUCGAAAUAAAAGUACAAAAGAUCCGAUGUUUGAAUUAAACAGUUUUGUCACUUCA